AACGAACACCAGGCGUCGGAAAUCUCCUCUGACUAGAGAAAUGGCGGACAGACCGUCUAGAACGCAUCGAAACGUACAAAAGGUAUCGCACAUUGAGCGAACCUGUGCUUCCAAACGACAGGCGAUGGAGCAUAAUCGUGCAGAUGCUCCCUGUGAAAAAGAUGGCAAACGGGAAAGCAGGAGGUCAAAGCCUGAGAUGGCCCUCUACCGGCCAGGCAUGGGCCUACCCCAGAAAAACCAUGUGAGAGGGGACACUUCCGGAACACCCACUGAGGCCAAGGGGCAGGACCCUGUGCCAGCCUUGAAGGACCUUUCUCUGAAAGAUGGCGUAAAUGGGAAGUGGACGGCCAGUCGAGCCAAGCGUCCUGACCAGCCCGUCUACACGCCACGGUCCGUCAAACCUUCUGCAGAGCGGCCGGCUGCCCCACCUGAAGGGCGACCCAAGGCAGUCGUCGUAGACUCCAAGGGGCCGCCAUGUUCUACUAAACCAUUUCCUGCAGAAGGCACAAAGCUCGCGCCUGUUAGCGCUACCGAGAAAAAUGCCGAGAGCAGUGUGAAGAAAGCGCAGCAACCUCAUCCAGAAUCGGCACUGCAGAAUGGGUACCACGAGCAUCGAGCAGAGACAAAAGUGACAGAAAGCUGCACGGAGCAUCCUAAAGAGACAGGAAAAGCCCUUGAGGUGAUCGGGCCACCAGCAGCGAAACAUCAAGUUGUCAUCGGUGAGCGUUGUGGUCCCGGUGGUGACACGAGCACAUUGAAUGCCUUGAAGGCCGUGGAUUUCAGGCCUGACCGGCAGCUUGCGAGAACUGGUCGACGGACCAGGGGCAAUGGCAGGAGAAGUGGCCCUUUCCCCGAUACUCGUGGUCAAGAAAACUGGGACACAGACUGCCCAGGAAAUCUGGAGAGGCCUCAGCAAGUACAGCCUGCUCGAACGCCUGGCCGGCCAGGACGCAUCUCAUCCCCUUGCCGCAGGAACAGCUUCUCUGAAGGGCCCAGGCACAGUGGCUCUGACGAUGCCGAUGAGACUGACCACGAUGUGCGCCGCAGGGGUAUGAAGAAGAAAAUUAAGAAGAAGAGAAACAAGCCGAAGGAAGAGCAGCCGGCUACAAGCAUGACUGUCAAUGGGCUGUCUUCGAGUGGUCGUCAUUCAGACGGCAAUGCAACAACAGAAGAAGAUUGGAGCGGGGAACUAAUUGUGGAGUCAUCCGUGCACCCAAGGAUCUACAGCCAGGAGCAGGUGGCCAGAAACGGUGGACCCAUGAGGCGAGAGAGAAACGACAGUUACCAGAGCUCGUCCCCUGAACCCUGCCGUUUCACAGGGCGCAAGUUUGUCAACAGACAUCGCCGUGAGUCAUUUUCUGAAGAGGAGAAAGACAGGGGCCCAACUCGAAGUCGCAAUGGCCCCCUUCCGGCCCCCAUCAUCAAGGACUGGAGUGCAGCCGUGGCCGAGGAAGAAGAGCUCCAAAGGCACACUCCGAGCCGGACGGCAGACAACCUGAGAAAUGACUCCAGUGACUCAUCCAACUGGCGUUCGACCUUUAUGGAAGUGCACCGUAAGAAUCGCAAGAAUGAUGCCUCGUCCCAAAAGGCCUCUCCGCCCAAGGCACACGAGUCCCAGCUGCCCCCCCGGUUCCAGAAGCGGAAUCGGCCGGCAACCCCUGAGAAUACCGUCUCGUCGGCAGCUAAAGGUGGGCUCAUCCGCCUUCCGUGCGACGUGAGCCUAAACAGUGCUGGCUCCUCGGAACGACAGUGUGACGAAAGGAGUGCUGCUUCGGUCCCUGUGUGCGGAAUAGGUCAGGAAAAGCCCCUGAUCGCAGUAAAACCUCAGCCUCACGUGCCAGUGGAUUCCAUCUACAGCCGGGCAAUGCCCAUGGCACCAGUGCCUGGUUUCUCCAACCACUAUGAACCAUCCGCACCACCUGUUGUGUCGCCACCCAUGGUGUCAUCGCCGGUGCUGUCGCCAGCUUUUCCAGCUGUACCUGGUGUGCCAUUUUCGUGCCAUCUCCCGGGCCAUGGUUUAUCCCCGGUGUACCAUGGUGACCAAGUCAUCGCACCAGAUGCAUUUGGUCGGACCCGGAUAAAGCCACUUGUAGAGAAGAACCUGCAUGAUGCUGUCCUCUUGGAGCGAGAGCUGAUGAAUUACCUUUCCAAAGGUAUCCAGAACAUUGACACCAAAGCCAUGGGCCACUGCAGAUGGAAGCUCCAGCUGCGGUAUGAAAAUGUGAUCCUGGCCGACCCGAGGUAUUGUGCGGAGAGGAAUGUGGAGAACGCACUCUGGAAGGCUGCGUUCUACCAAGGUAUCGAGACGUUUCGUCGCAUCAUGGAAGAGUGCCCUGACUUUCAAGAGGAAGCCAAAAUGCAACUUCUCAACCUGGUUGAUGAGGGCACGAUCUUCUACGAGAACCUGCUGGACAAGUUUCAGGAGACGUACGGUUUCAGCUUGAACCAGUUUCUCGAACCCGACCUCUGUAGUUCCCUAAGCGCCGGUUCCUCUUCAUCAGUGGCCGGUGUCCCCGGAGGAAGGGUUAUCGCUGACUCUGUCAGGCUGGUGCUCAUCUCGGUGCAGAAGAUCUACAUCUGCCUUGGGGACCUGGCACGGUACCGAGAGCAGGCCAUGGGCACCACCAACUAUGGCAAAGCUCGCAGCUGGUACCUGAAGGCCCAGCAGAUAGCACCAAAGAAUGGUCGUCCAUACAACCAGCUUGCCAUUCUCGCGCUCUAUGCGAGGCGGAAGCUCGACGCAGUCUACUACUACAUGCGCAGCCUUGCUGCGAGCAAUCCUUUCCUGACAGCGAGGGAAAGCCUUCUGGCGCUCUUCGAUGAUGCUAGGAAAAAGUAUGAUCACCUGGAGCGUAAGAGGCUUGAAGAAGAGGGUGCCAGCCAACAGCCGAGUCUGGAGGGUCCAUGGGACGAAGAGCGGUUGGAAAUCUGGAUCCGGCCCGACGGGUCCACUUCUCACCGGAGCAGCCGCCAAGGGGACCAAGCGUCACGCGAGAUUGAGCAGCUGGCGCAGCUUUCGACAAUUGAUCUCAAUAAACGGUAUGUCUUGAGUUUCCUGCACGUCCAUGGGAAGCUCUUCACCAAGGUCGGCAUGGAAACAUUCUCUGAGACGGCUCGGCGGAUGCUGAUGGAGUUUCGGUGCCUACUCCAGAGGACACCAGCUGCCGUCACCAAUAGCCGACAUUUACAGCUUCUUGCAAUCAACAUGUUCACCGUUGCAAACACCUGUCUAAAAGAUCGCAGCAUGGACCCCGACUGCCGGUCACUGCUCCAGGAGCAGAGUCUACAGGUUGCACUUGCCCACGUGGCCAUUGUUCUGGAACGUGCCACACAGCUGCUGCAGCAGAGCUCGUCCUCCCCGUCGUCCUCAUCCUCGUCCUCACCUGGUGCACCCUCCUCGUCCUCCUCCUUUUCACGGGUCUCCCUUUCGGACGAGGUGGCCGAGCUCCUGCCCACUCUGAAGCUGUGGACAGACUGGAUGUCCUGCCAGAAACGGCUCUGGAUUCCUCCGCCUACGCCGUGCGACUACAACACUAGUGUGAAAGGGAAUGUUUGGACAACACUGGCAGACCUUCUGACAGUCCUGCGAAGGUUGAACCUGGGUGACAUCAAGUUUUUCAAGGAGCCCGGAGAAGAUCGUGAGCUGGUGACCUUACCUGAAGAUGCCACCCUGGCAAGCUUUGUUCUGCUGGGUGCUCCUCAGGAACCCUUCUACGUCCAAGUGCCAUGCGAUCGGGAGCGAGCUCGUAACUACCUGCGAAUCAGCCGGAUCCAGUUCUUUGGGGACUACCUGUGUGGCAUCUCUCCACCCUACCUGGAGUUCAACGUGGAACGCAAGCGCUUCGUUUCACUUAUCGCUGUCUCGGACACAGAGUCUGACUCGGAGAAAGAGCUGACUUACGAUUCGUCUGACGACGAGCUAGAAAUGGGCGACUCUCUGGACGACCAGGAGGCACCGCUCAAGUCCGGGGAGGAGGAGAACGAGAUCCAAAGGUUGUGGACCAAAAAGGAGCAGUUACGCAAGGCGAAAGAGCAACACGAACGCCAGCACGCCUGCGUCCAAGCGGUUCUACAGGAACACCGAAGCAAGCAGGCGGCCAUGCUGGAAAUCCGGCCUCGGCAGCUCGUCCCGGACACCAACUGCUUCAUCGACCACCUGCCGCUCGUCCAGAAGCUGGUCGCCGACGGACACUUCAACGUCUUUGUGCCCAUCGUCGUUUUGAACGAGCUGCACGGUCUGGCACGAGGUGGAUCUCGUCCAGGACCAUGCCCUGACCACAUUGAGAAGGUGGGCUCAAGUGCCAGGGCGGCCCUCACCUACCUAGAGGAAAGGUUUGGCCAGCGGGAGCCGAAGCUGCGGGCGAUCACCCUCAGGGGCUCCCUAUUGGACACCAUCAGCUUCCGCAGCGAAGACCUUGGCGACUACAAGGGGACCAACGAUGACCAAAUUUUGACUUGCUGCCUGCUGUAUGGCAAAGAUCAUACAGAGCAUGAACUUCCUAGGGAGCCUGAUGCACCGGUGAAGCUAUACCGUGAAACAGUUCUAAUCACCGAGGACCGGAACCUGUGCGUGAAAGCCCUGACACACAACGUGCCCGUUCGGGACCUGCCAUCCUUCCUCCGUUGGGCCAACAUUUCGUGAGGGCAGCGUACGAGAGAGAGAGCCUCUCUGCCACAACACAAACGAGCAAUGCAGUGAAGACUGCGCCGGAACUACCUGAAGGAUAUCGCUACCUCCAACCCGCACUCUGGACGACAGCCCUCGGGUGCACCCUUCCUUCCAGCUCUGCAAGCACAGGUCUAUCAGGCUGGCCAGCUAAACCGUAAAGCACAUCGCUGACUGAAACCCAGGAAGAGGGGUCACCUAGUUUUUCUUCCACUAGUGUGCCCCUUUGAGGAGAUGAUGCAAUGUCUGUUAUAACAUUUGAAGGGAGGGAGGGGGGUUGGCGAGAGGAGAAAGUAACUCUCGGCUGUUCCAUGAAGCAUGCACGAGAUCCGUACGCAGGCUCGUACUAGCUGCAGUAGAAUGGCAGCAUUUUUUUCCAUUGUGCUAUCUUUUUUUUUUUUUUCAGCAGUUUGUUGUAAUGUGCCUCCUUGAUUGAUCAUCACCACCCAGGAUGAGAACAGGAGAGCAUGGGAUCCAGCCGCGGAAUGCAUUCUCUUCUGCCAUGGUAACAAAGUUCUCCAGAAAAGGGACAGUUUUUUGUUGUUGAGAGGCCAGCUGUUUGAGUAAUAAAAAAUGCAAAAGAACAGGAAGGAUAAAGUGAGUUGACUUUUUGCUACAUCACUUCACUGCUUGAGUCGAUGCUUGAGUCAAUGAAAAGCAGCAGCUGCUGGAAGCGCCUUACGAGUGCUAAGACAAGUCCUCCACACGUGACAAGCGCAUGCCAACAGUCUCGGAGGAGUAGCACAAUCAUUGCGAAUAGGGAGUACCACAUGCAAGAGCAAAAAGUUUGUGUGAAGCAAGAGGGAAAGUCUCUAGCUAAAUGCAAUUGUACUAUAUUUUUGCCACUGGUGAAUGAAGAUCUGAGGUGGUUGUGCUGCAGAAGAAUCAUGUUUGUAUGUUUUCCAAGUACACAAUGGCAGUAUGGUCACGGCAACGCACUGUGGUCGGAUGUUCAGAACCAGUUGACCGCGACGACAGUUUUGGCCCCUGUGGGCAAGAAUGCUUUGUCAGAAAUGCACCUUUUCCUCUCUGUCUUACUCACUCUUAGAUCACCACAGGGAACCACGAAUACCUUCACAUCUUUGAGGCAGUUUCCUAGGAUUUCAAGAAUACAUUUGGUCAGAAGAUACCAUAGUGCAAACUUGUAGCAUAUCUAAGAGCAAUGCAACAUAGCCGUAGACUGCGUUAACUACCUGUUUGUAAUAGCAAGCUUGUUUUUCUUGUGUAAUGUUCACUGCGUUUUUAUUACUUUUAACAGUGCAGUUUUAUUUCUCCAGUAUAAACUCCAGAGGCUGUAUGCACAUUGCGUCUUACCUGUGCGUAAGCUUACCCACAGUUGUAAAAAGCUUCCCUCAGCUGACAGUAAGCUAUUCCACAUUACAUUGUCUAGCUACUGUAGUAAAAUGUUUCAAGUGAGCCUCUCUCCUUUGUCUCUUGAAAGCUUACUUACUGUUUCUUGCACAAAGCUAUGUAACCAUAGGUAAAGUUACCCAUGUGUAAAACGCUUCGUGCAAGCUGCUCCUGGUCUUAAGCUGAAAUCUCGUUCAGCUAUGUUCCGUAUGGUAUUAUUAGCUCUGAUUAUUUUUCUGAUGUGAAUAAAACAAGGUGUUCUGGGCUACAGUUCCCAUUCAUUCAUGGCAGGCUUUUUGUGAUGUGUAGUGCUGUUGAGUCUUGCGUACACAUAAAUCAGGUGAGAAAACAAAAGAGCAAAAGGUGUGUCUGUAAGUACUUUAUUGCAAAUGGAAUUCAUUGUGUACAGGCUUCACUCUUUUGCACCCCAAGGUGCCAUAUUUCAGUUUAAUUUGACUGGUGGUGUGUUCAGUGUGCAGUCAUGUUGAGGUUGUGAUACAACUCGUGUUCAUGUGUGCUCUAUGUGAAAGCGAAUAGUUUUUUUUUUGUGUGUGUGUGUGUCUGUGUUUUCAUCAUAUCAUAUCUUACUACCUCCAUUUUUCUUUUUUUGGUUGUUGCCAGCUUUUGUGUUCUUUCUUGAAUGAUGUGGUGACGUGAUCUUGCCCUGCUCUACCAGAUAAAUGGACUUUUGCUACAUGUGCAAAGCAAGCUUGUUUUUUUUUUUUUAGCUUAGUCUUCUGUAUUGUGCUUUUCAUUACUUUUCAUUGUGCAAAAUACACAUUGUAAACAUAUGCUAUGUCUUAUGCAUUUCAUGUAGCAGUACACAACUAUGCGAGUUCUGUAGCUGUGCAUUAACAUUAGCGAGCAUUGUGGUUGUUGCAGAGUGGUGCGAAUACAAGAAGUGGCUGUAGCUUCAGUAAUUGCACUACUUGCGUUUCGUUGUGUCAAUCACAGCUUGAGACUAGGGAUUUGUGAUUAACCGCACGCAGCUGUCAAGUCAAAUUAUCAUUUUUUUCUGCUGUGGUUAUAUUUGUGACAGUAACAGCGUGACAUUGGUCUGAAAAUAUUUGAAAUAAACUUUUUUUUUUUUUUUGCACCUGUUUACGUGUGGUUGUUUUGGGUAUGUGGUUGUUAGGAGGUAGCAAUUGCAAGGUGACAGCACGUGGUUUCAGUGAUUGCCAUGUUUUGUUGUAUGCAUCUUAAAGCUGGAGUUCAGUCUAGUUAUGACUUCCACAAUGCUCGCAGUUGUGUUUCUUCGUGUCGUGCACAUUUCAUUGCUUCUUUUUUUUUUUCUCUUCCUCAUUGCUCGUUGAAAAGUAGUUCACUACUACUCAGUGUUUCACUUUGAUACUCAUGCUUGGGAUACUGGCUUGAAGUCUGCAGUGCAGCUGGUACAAAGAGGUUAUGGGAAGCAAGAUUCAUUUCUCAUCGCUGCUGGUGGUGGUGUGUGUAAUGGGAACACCUCGGAAACCAGUAACUGGUGUUCUUAUUGUCUAGAGGCAGGUGUAUUGGUGUCCUCGUUGUUGUUGGUGUUCCGAGUGGUGCUUCUAUCGUUCGCCUUUACCGCGUGGCCACAGUUGCAGAAACCCAAGCUUACCUACAUUUGAUGCGACACUUUUUGCAAUCCAUAUGCGACUUUGUACACCCCUCGAAUGUGGCCCUCUUGUCUUGCAAUAACAGCAGGAAAACUGCACUAAAGCUUCAUGCUUUUCGGACCAUCCCAGAUGCCUUGUAGACAUUGUUAUUUUACUCGCUCCCAAUAAUAUGGGCAAAAAGUUGAUCAGCACUGAUGGAACAAUGCACCAUUUGUUCCCUUUCCACAAAGAUAUAUAUAUUUAAAUAAAGGUUGUUUAAAUUCAGAAGGCAAUGUGCAUGUAGUAAAUGAUGACAUGGUCUCUAAUUUUUCAUGCUGCAUUGCCUUGUGGAAACGUGAAAACAGUGCUUUAGUGCUGCAAAUUCAUGAUACAAUCCACAAAGUGAAGGCAGCAUAUCCACAUCAGCAACAUUUUUUUGUAUAGCAACCUGUAAGCAUUGCAGCUGCGUACAUGUGAGUGUAGCUGCUUAAAGAAAAUGUGGGAUGUUGUCUUGGCAAUACCACUACUAUAAUCUCGGUAACCAGUGAAGUGUGUUAGCUUUUGUGCGGUCCAUUUCGGUGUUAGUUGUUCUGAAUUAUGGAACUGCAUUUGUUAUUGCGUUGCUUUUGGUGUCCUUUCUCAUCAUGCUCAGCGCAGAGUACAAGGCAUGUUUCCACGCCGCUUGUGAACCCACUCUGUUCUAGCGGUACAGUGUCUCGUAACUUAAUGUCGUUCCCAUUUUUUGUUAGCCAGUCUCUUUUUUUUAAGUGCUGCAUAUUGCCUUACUUUACCUCUUGCCACACUCGCAAUGUGAGUCUGACUCGUGUUUUAUUCCUGGUACACACUUCAAAUCUGCCAUUACGUUUUCUCCUUUUCUCUUUGUGAGUAUGUGCAUGUGGGUCCUGUCGCAGUGAAAUCCAAGCACAUUUAGGUCAUAUGUGAUGGUCAUUAAAAACAGUUUCUAUUACAA